GUUAUACCUCCGUCAGUGGCCACUCAACGUUCAACAUUCACUUCUCAGCAAUAGGUCAGCUGCGACCACCAAAAAUCUUGUACCAACCCUUACAUUACGCGUCUAUCGAUACUGAUGUUCGUGGGGCCCACGAUGCCGUGGCGCUUUUCAGGCCUGCUGUCCACGAGGAUGACCACCCGUCAUGUCUUCCGGUCCCGGGCUAUCUUCAGGCGGCCCAUCGCCAUUUUCACUGGCAAUUUACUAUCCACAAUUCCUGGAGGUGCCACUCGUAGUGAAAUAGAAGGGCUCAUGAUAAAUUUUCGGGACCGUCUAUCUAUAGCUGCCAAUGUCAACCAAAGAACUACCUGGAGGGGCCUAUCAACGGAUACCAGUACAACUCAGUCCUUAGAACAAACAAAUCUGCAAGACCUCCAACAACGUCCUACAUGCUCUCUGUCAGAUUCCCUACGUGAUAAUAUAGUAUUCCAGCUCGUCGACAUCCAAGAAUCGCCCUAUGAAUGUGGCCACCUGUUGAUGUAUGGCGUCACAAAGUCCGGAAACAGCGUUUUGGCAACCAUUACCGGCUUUACACCCUAUCUUCACGCGUACCCCAAAACAAUCUUAGAUGAUGAGCGAAACGUGGAAGCAUUGAAGAAUCAUCUUCUUGAACUCGGGCUCGGUAAUGGAGGUAUCGAAAUUGGCAUCGUUCCCAAUGGGCCAGAUAUUCAGGGUGCUGACAGACCAUUAAAACUAACAUUUUCCGGACCAAACACCCUUCUUCGUAGCAAAAAGUUACUCGAGGAUGCUGGCGUAUACACACUUGUCCAUCCGCAGACAGACACUAUGACACGGUUUUUGGCCGACCAUCAGUUACCAGGCAUGGGAGGCUGGAUUGAAUGUCCUGCCCAGGAUUACGUGCUCACGAAAACCAGCGACCAAGUCUCGAGAUGCCAGAUUGAGCUAACCGUCCCUCACGACGCGUUAAACACAUCCGAUUCGCGAAGCUCGGAUGCUCCGCUAAGAAUUCUAUACUUUGAUAUCGAAUCCAUGACGCGAGAAGAUCCCAAGAAACCAGGGAAAUUCAUUUCGGAAUCUUCGCAAGAUCCAGUCAUACAGAUAUCCAAUAUGGUUUCGCACCCAGGGACUAGGGACCCAUUCUUGCGUGUCAUCUUUACUGUCGGGUCGUGUGAUCCCAUCGAAGGGGCUCAUAUUCAAUCGUACGCGUCGGAGAAGGAAAUGUUAACUGCCUGGCAGCAAUUUGUCCACGAUGUAGAUCCAGAUGUCAUGACCGGCUGGAACAUCUUAAAUUUCGACCUGGACUACCUCAUUACUCGGAGCCGUCAAUUAAAAUUUGAUCUGAGACUGGGAAGGUUGAAAAAUGGACCGCCCACUUCCUCGAAAGCGCAAAAAUGGUAUAGCUUGAAAUAUAAUCACUGGAUGGGCCGAAUGCUGUCCAUUCCAGGCAGAGUGGUGCUUGAUAUGUUCCGCCACUUUGCUUGCAAUCAUGACAAGUUCAAACUUCGCGGCUACGCGCUCGGAAAAGUCGCGGCAAAGUUGCUGAACGAUGAGCCCGGGAUGCUGAAAGGGGAUGUCGCAUACAGCGAUAUACCGAAACUACAGGCCGGCCUAGACGCCAACUCCUCUACUAGACGAGAAUUGGCAGUGUAUUGUCUUCAGGAUUCGUAUAUACCACUGGUGCUACAACACAAAUACCACAUUCUCGAAGGGUACAUUGAGAUGGGAAAGACAAAGCGCAUGCUAUUCCAUCGUAUGAUGGAAAGAGAAGAGCCUGUCACCAAAGCUACCUAGGUCCUUCCAGCAGACUAGUCGUCUAUCACCGGAUUUUCUGAAAGUAUUUACGCUCAUACAUCAUUGAAUAAAUCCUUGCACGACGGUUGUGCUAAAGACGUGAUCAACGACAUCGUGCUGAGUCUCCGUCGGAAUGUUUCUCUGACCAUCUGUCUCUGCUCAAGGAUGCCCCUGCUCUGAGGUUUUGUACACUGCCACACGAACAUGAGUUUUGGCAUAGUCUGUCCAAUAGAUCAUCUGCAGGCAAUUAGGUUCUUGCCAGAAAGGAUGAAGAUGUAUUAGAUUUUACCAUCGGUUUUUGACAAACUAGCUUCAUCUUUCUCAGCACACGGGACUGUCUCAUACGUUCUUAUUCGUCACUGUAUCUUCAAGGAGCUUUCGCUUGCGUCGCCACUGUCCUAUAAACGUGAUAAUUCGGUCCAGUAUGUUUCCAGAUGUAUCGCCGUG